CUCAACUGACGUCGGCGGCGAGAGCGAUCGUUAAUAGUAUACGAGAUAUGCAGGCAAAAACACAUUACCAAGACCGGCGUCAUCACGAGUAUCAGUACCGGCGCAGGGAUCGCGACACAGACCGUCCGGAGCGUCCGGAACGUCCGGACUGUCCGGACCGGAAGCCGGGACCGGACGAGCGCCGGUACGACUCACGCAACCGGAAUAUGAACCCACUGCCGUUUCAGUACCGUCCUCCGUAUUUAUUAAGACAGAUGUCACCAGGAACGUGGUGCAGGCGGUCGCCCGGGACGGUACACCCAGUUCUAAAUCACCCGAGGCGACCGCACCCAGACACUAGGAAUGGUAGACGUUGACGCACAAUCAUAUUCAGGACUUAACUUUUAUAUAUAUAAUACUGUUAA